AUGGAUCAUCGAAGCCGAUCUCGCAGCAGAGGCCUGAGCCGAAUCCCUGGGGCUCAGACCCGAACCCCCAGUGCCCCACUCCCCUUGCAUGUGGAACAGGAGGCCAGGGAAGGAGAAGAAUGGGAGCAGGGAGAGCUCGCUCGUCAGAGGACUGUUACCCACACGGCCUUGGCAAGUGAAGGGUUGGCAGACAGUGUUAUGAUUUCCAAGCCAGCACCUUAUUGGGAAGGAACUGCUGUGAUAAAUGGAGACUUUAAGGAGCUUAAGUUAACUGAUUAUCGUGGAAAAUACCUGGUUUUCUUCUUCUACCCACUUGAUUUCACUUUUGUGUGUCCAACUGAAAUUAUUGCCUUUGGUGAUAGAAUUGAAGAAUUCAAAUCCAUAAACACAGAAGUGGUGGCCUGCUCUGUCGACUCCCAGUUUUCCCACUUGGCCUGGAUUAACACCCCGAGAAGGCAAGGAGGACUUGGGGCAAUAAAGAUUCCACUCCUUUCUGAUUUGACACAUCAGAUCACAAAGGACUAUGGAGUGUAUCUGGAAGACUUGGGCCACAGUCUUAGAGGUCUCUUCAUUAUCGAUGACAAAGGGAUCCUAAGACAGAUGACUCUGAAUGACCUUCCUGUGGGCAGAUCGGUGGAUGAGACGCUACGUUUGGUCCAAGCAUUUCAGUUCGCCGAUAAACAUGGAGAAGUCUGCCCCGCUGGCUGGAAACCUGGGAGUGAAACAAUAAUUCCAGAUCCAGUCGGAAAACUGAAGUAUUUUGACAAACUGAACUGAAAAUACUUCCUCAGGCUAUGAUGCUUGAAUGCUUUCAAUAA